GCAAUGAAACGGUGUGAGUCUCACAUUAAAACAUAGAAUUAGAUUUCAAUUGGCAGUCGAGUACAGUACAGUACCCGAGCUGAGUAGAAGUUACACAACUGUGAUUUGAGCAGGUUUGCGGGAGGUAGUUCCGGCUAGGUGUGCUUCCAGCUUUGUAUGUCGAUGAAAUGGAACUUAUUGUCACUUGAUACUCUUAACUUGCACAUUCGCCGAAGAAAUAUUGCACAUGUUACUGUAAACUUUUCCCGGACGUUUUCUGCCGUGUACAGGAAACCAAAUUUUUGUGUCGAGUCAUCGUUGUCAUAUCGCCACUAUCGACACUGGACGAAUCCCAAGUUUCAAAUAUCACACUCGUCCGAAGCACUGCAACAACAGCGAUCUUCGCUUAUCAAGACUAUCAAAUAUUCAGCUGCAUCUUUUAACAAGUGGAUUUGUAUCUCUCAGAGUAGCAAGAUGAGUGGGGACCCAAAGGCCGGUAAAGAUUUGGACGCGUGGAAGUCAAAAUGGGUCGAAGGCCAAGCUCGUUGGCACAAAACCGUUGUUCACCAGCUACUGGUGAAACAUUUGGACCGACUUUUGGCGGGAAAGAGCAACGCCAAGAUAUUUUUUCCUUUGUGUGGAAAAAGCUUGGACAUGAAAUGGCUUGCUGACCAAGGACAUACUGUUGUUGGUGUGGAGGCAUCAGAACUUGCUGUCCAGUCUUUCUUCACAGAAAACGAUAUACAGUACACUGUCACCGACGUCCCUGCUAUUGAUGGCAAGCUUUACCAGGACUUAGACAACAAAAUACGAAUCUAUGUGGGAGAUUUCUUCAAAUUCAGCAGAGAAAUGGAGGGAGAAUUUGAUAGCAUUUGGGACAGAGGGUCUCUUGUUGCUAUUGAUAUUGAAGAUCGUGAGCGCUAUGUCAAACUCAUGGUAUCACUAAUGAGUGAGGAUUGUCAAUACCUGGCUGAGGUGUACCAUUAUGAAGGCGGAGACAAGGAACCACCGCCACAUUCCGUUCAUCCAGACACCAUUCACAAGCUGUUUGAAAACACCUGUGAUGUGAAAAUGAUUGAGCAUAUUGAUCUUAAACAGCCAGAUGCCAUCUGUACUUCUUCUUUUUCUUCUAAAGUAGAUGUUUUGUUUGUUUACAUUUAUCUUUUUUUAAAGAAGAAAUAAGGUGUUGACACUUGACAUUUUAGGAUCAUCUCUGUGUAUGUCCAACAAUUAUCAGUAUUUCAUUAAUUCAGUGAUUACUUAAUAAAUAUUUUUACGACUUACCAUUUACUUAAUUAUAAAUUGCCUCUUUGUAAUAUACUAGAAAAGCAACAAAAUUAAUUUUUAUGAAAAUUUUAUACCUUUUUUCUAUAUGUAUGUUAUGUUAAUUAUACAAAUCCAGAUAGCAGCAUUAAUUAGUAUCAAAGCAAACGUGAAUUUGGAUUGCAUUUUGAAUGGUUUCAAUAUGCUCUUGUAUAUUGAGAAUAGCACAAAAAAGCAAUGUGUUCAAAGUAAUGUACCUGUAUAUGUUUAUUUCCCUUGAUGCAAUGAGCCAGAUCAAAAUGUUAUACCAUCUAUCAAUAAAUUUUAAUAAAUUCCUU